AAGCCGAGUACUUCAGAAGUUAUGGAUACAUCCCUUCAGAAUAGCGCUUCAGAUAAUGAGGCUCAAGAUUCUUCGAAACCUCCUGUUCAAACCGAUUCAAUUGCUGCGGUUCCUCGUGCUGUAAUUCUACCACCAUCAUCCACUCAUAAACUCGUUGUUGAACUUCAAGAGGAAGAGGAGGAUUAUGGAAGCGGAGAGGAAAUUUCUCUUGAUUCCAAUCUUCAAUUGGAAGUCAAAAAGACUCCUAAGAAGCCUGCACCUCAAAAAGACGUGGGUGUAACGAUUGAAGACCCCAUUCGUGUUAACCCAUCAAAGGGUGCAAAGUGCCCGGUCUCAAAUCUUGUUUACAUUCGUUAUCUCGUCCGUCCAUUUACGCAAGCUAGUCUAAAAUCUAUGUUGGAGAAAAAUUUUGGUGCAAUAACAGAACUCUGGCUUGAUCGCAUCAAAUCUUCGGCUAUUGCUCGAUUUGCGGACCAAGAAACCGCUGAACCUGUAAAAAAUUUAGAUGAAUUGUUCAGAAAAACUGAGGCUGCGCCUGUGAUCUACUGGCUACCCUUAUCAAACGAAGCAGUAAGUCUACUUGUUGGUUUCAAACUGUCUAAUUUAUCUUCUUUAUACAGAGCUUACUAA